CUGGGAGCCUCACUCGUCCAUCACUGUUCGUCUCAUUCCAUCUCUUCGCUAUUCACCGACUUUGCUGCCUAUUGUGCCCCGUGAAAGGACUCACGAUUCAGUUGCUCGGGCACCUCUUUGUAAUCAUUCGUUCCUUAUUGCCGCAAACGGCGGAGUGGGGUGAUUAACAGAUUCAGCUAUCAAUCGGUACCGCUUUUGUGAAUCAUCUGUGAACACACUGUGUUUGCUCUCAUUUCUCGGGGUUUCUGUGAGGGAAAGGGUUUUAUUGUUUCAAGAAUCCAAUAGCAUUGGGAAAGGUUGCAGACUGUCUUUCGUUCUGGGAGCCGCAGAUCGAUCGGGUAGUUGGUGCAAGAACUGCUGGUGCGAAUUGUACAGAAUCUCACCUGAGUUGGAAGCAGCGCUCCUCCGAGAACUGAACUAUUACUUGUUUACCUUGUCAAUAUCAUCUCCCUUUGCCCUGGCUAUUUUUGACUUCUUGUCCCUGGAACAGAGUCAUAGCACUUGCGCCACAAAGUUCACCAUCAGCUUGACCUAACAAAUCUCACGACUGGUAUCGACUUCAUCCCUCGCCACUGGGCCUUGCCGCCAUGGCGUCCUAUGUGUAUUUCAAGUUCAAAUCACAGAAAGAACCUCAACGUGUAACAAUUGAUGGCCCACACACGGAUGUCUGGAACCUCAAACGUGAAAUCAUCAACAUCUCUCGCUUAGGAGACGGUACCGACUUUGACCUCAAGGUCUACAAGGAAAACAGCAAUGAAGAAUACACCGACGACACCGAGAUCAUCCCCAAAGAUUCGACCGUCCUGGCUCGAAGACUACCUGCCUCAGCCCCUGGAAAAGGUCGUGCCGCUCGUUAUGUCUCCGGAAAACCGCCCAUCAGUGCCAAACCCUCUACAAAUGCGUCAAAUCGGGCUGUGAAGAGGGUGGAUCUGGAUAAAGCAAUGACAGAAGAAGAGAGGCUGAAAGCAAUGUUGCAAUUCACCGAUGCCCAAUGGCAGCAGAAGCAAGAGGAGAUGUCGCACGAGGCUCGAGUUCCCAUGACAGGAAAGCCAUUCACCAAGAAAGCCAAUGUCCCGGAGGGUGAGCCUCCUCACGGCUACAUUUGUUAUCGUUGUGGCAAGAAAGGCCACUGGAUUCAGGCAUGUCCGACAAACGACGAUGUCAAUUACGACAACAAGAACCGUAUCAAGCGCACAACUGGCAUUCCACGAUCAAUGCUCAAAAAGAUUGAUCAGUCGGACGUCGACAAGCUGGAUGAUGCUGACAGACAAAAACUUAUGGUGAAUGCUGAAGGAGAAUAUGUCUUUGCGCAAGCAGACGAAAAGGCAUGGAAAAAGCAUCUGGAACUAGUCAAGGCUGCAGAAGCGGCCGGAAAGAAGGUACAAGAUGGCGACAAGGAGCUCCGAGAUCGAGGCCUGGAAUGCCCGAUUGACAAGCGCUUGUUUGUAGACCCAAUGAAGACACCUUGUUGUGGGAAGACAUAUUGUCACGAUUGUAUUGAAAAUGCAUUGCUUGAGAAUGAUCUCACAUGCCCGGGCUGUGAGACUGAAAAUAUCAGUCUCGAACGUCUGGAGCCUGACGAGGAGAUGAAGACAAAGAUCAAGGAGUAUGAAGCAGACAAGGCCAAUGAGAAACAACGAUCUAGAAGUCCCACUGCCACGGCAGAGUCAGCAAAGGAAAACGACUCGGCUGCUGGGUCGAGACCAAGCUCGCGAGACGGCAAUGGCUCGCCAGCGUCAUCAGCGGGACAGUCUAGGAAACGCAGCGCAAGUGAAGUUGAAGAAUCCAACACGCCGGGUAACCUUGACGUUCCAGCGAUGAAGCGCCAGAAAUCUGGGGACGCAGUAGCAUCGUUGACAUCAAACCCAGAAGCCGAGGUACAGAAGGAUGGUGACGAGCAAGUCGCGCCCCCUCACGUUCAGACCGACUUUCCUGCCAACAUGAUGCCUCCUGAUCUUUCACAGAUGCAAAAUGGCAUGAACAUGCCUAUGAUGCCCGGCUUCAACCCCUUCAUGAUGAAUCCAAUGAGCAUGAACAUGGGCAUGGGUAUGGGUAUGGGCAUAGGCAUGCCCGGGAUGAACUUUAUGAAUCCGAGUCUCAACAUGAUGAACGGGAUGAACGGCAUGAACGGCAUGAGUGGGAUGAAUAUGUUUCCCCAGGGGAAUAUGAACGGUAUGGGUGGCGGCUUUGGUGGGAAUCAGCAGAAUUGGAACAACACGAAUCAGAAUCAAGGUCCCAGCCAAGGACAGAAUUGGAAGAAUCGGGGCGGCUUCAAGCAGCGCGGCGGUUUCCAUCACCAACACCAAGAGCAAAAACAGCCGCCAACACAGCCUGCUGGCAUGGCGGGUGUGCCAACGGGUCCGAAGGCGAUGGGUCAGACGCAGCCGCAGAAUUUCUAUCCGCCUACAGGCCCGGCCGGCGCCAAAUUCUCGAACCAGCAGCGGCAUGUGGGCAAUGAAGAGGAUAAUGCAUAUAUGCGGCAGCCGGUGAAUCCUCAUCGGCACCAAAAUCGACAGAAACGGGCAAGGCAGGCCGAUUAUAGGGAGCUGUAAUCGAGAGCAGGGAAGUGACCAGACGAGAAGAGACGAUAGGCGUGGAUAUGGUUGUGGUGUAGCAAGGAAGGGCAUGAAUUUUGCGGCGACUGGAUGACUUGGAUGAUGCAGUAAUGCAAUCUUGCCUCGGAGAUUGGGGCAUUGUCGCUGUCUAACUUAGCUUAGUACCAGACAGCUAGCAUUCUACACAGUACGUUGAAUGCAUUCUACCACGCCUCUGUGCGGGUGGUUCAGACCAUGAUCAAAGGAAAUUACA